GUGUAUAAUGACCGACAUUUGCACAAUCUGCCAUAACACGCCGAACAGGCCAGUGCGGCUUGAUUGCAAUCACGAGUUUUGCUACAUUUGCAUCAAAGGCUCUAUUCAAAAUGAUAUGCUCAACUGUGCCGUCUGCCGAAGACCAUUUGAUAGCUCCAUAAUUCUAAAUUUGAGCGCUCAAGUUUGCUUGAAAGGCGAUGCACCAAGAGAUGUUGACGACGACGAAGAAGAGGUUCAGGACGAGGAAAUCGACGUGAAGCCUGAUGUCAACUUGUUAAGAGCGGCAAUGAACGCAAACCAAAACGGAAACAGAGAACUCGUGGCUGCAGCACCUCAUAUGAACAACAAUGGAAACUUUCAUAAUGCCCAAGGCAACUAUCAAGUGCCGACCACUAGUCAAGGAAUGGUAAAUCAGUUUGGAUGGCCACAGUUCCAGGCGCAUUCUGAUUUUCCUUAUACACUUGGGUAUUGGGGAAAUCAGUUUCCACCAUUCUGGAAUAAUGCUGCAAGAAAUUGGGGAGACGUUCAACAAGCCGCCAACCCUGUAUUCGCUGGAAAUAAUCAAUUUCUGGGCAAUACACAAUAUAACGUUUUCCCUCCAGGGCAAAUGGGCUUGCCACUUCCAACAACAAACAUAAAAAUGGAUAUCAGAGACGACGAGCAAAAUAGUGUAGGUGGACAGCAGGGAAUGCAAACUCCCACUGCAGGCAGUGAUGUUCCUACUGCAGCCCAAUACAACGUUCAGGCGAAUUUCAAUGUUGCUCGAGUCAAAUUCUUUUGGCUUUACAGCAGCAGAGGAGAUGGUUGGUGGCGUUUCGAUCAACGUUGCGAGAAGGAUAUCGAAGACGAGUUUCUGGCCAACAAGCCGAAUAUGGAAAUGUACCUGUUCGGAAAGCCGUACAUACUUGAUUUCGUGGCAAUGCGACAGUGGCAAAAGGGCAAUCUUGAUGCUUGGAGGCAAAUAAAGCGCGUGACAUCUUCGGAGUUCGACAUGCACAAUGUCAAAGGAAUUGCAGGGUGCCAUGUUCCAAAUGUUUGGACUGUGGAUUAACAGUAACGCCUUUAACUGUUUUGCAACUGUCAUUGUUCUUUUUCUUCUGAUUGCGUCGCCAUUGACAAAACCUAUUUCUUUCAAUACAAUUGUUGGUUUCAGUUUUAGACUUCCCAAAAUUUGUCAAAAACCUAAAACUUUACUCCUUAUCAUUUUGCGUGUAAUUUCUGCUUGUCACAUUAUUACUUUUUAUUAAAAAGUGCCUCAAUCCCGUGCAAUCAAAUUUCACAAUCUAUGUCUCAAUCAAUAUGCAGCCAAGCUUUAACACCUCGGCCAUAUUAAUUGUUUUUUUUUUAACAUUUUUCUUUUUCAUUACUUCGUCUAAUGCUUUGUAAAAAUGCUUUGUUUUUUUGCAUGAUUAACAUACCAUGACCACAGUGUUACCUACCUUACUUCAUUCAUAUAUUUCUGUAUUUUCCUCUUGCAUUCAAACAUUUAUUAUCCAUAAUCUGAACUUUUUCUGGUUUUUUACGGAUCCCCCAUCUUCCUCACAACACGUUUUUAAUGCUGGUUUACCAACAUCUAGUUCUUGAUAUCGUAUUGUUACUUAGUAAUAUAAUUGCAUGUUCUUCCCAUCUCUCCCAUUUCGCUUUUCAACUUUUUUGUACAUUCCAGUAGUAUGUUCGUAACUUUAUUUGGAAUAUUUAUCUGCUUUACUCAAAAACCAUUUAAUCACCGCAUUUGUUUACAUUUCUACUCCAUUAACUUUACUUAUUUGUAGUAUUUGUAGCAAAAUUGUUUCAAUAAAACUUGAAUAAAA